AUGACGAGCAUCGAGAAGUUGCAGCUCUGUGGCGUGCGCAGCUUCGACCCAAACCCGGCGAAUCAGCAGUUCAUUCAGUUUCAGAAGCCGUUGACGGUCAUUCUGGGCAAGAAUGGUGCUGGCAAAACGACCAUCAUCGAGGCGCUGCUGAACGCGUGCACGGGGGCCAUGCCUCCCGGCAGUGGGACCGAGAAGGGCUCCUUUGUGUAUGAUCCCAAGGUGGUUGGCGAAACAGAGGUCAAAGCGCAGAUUCGACUGAUAUUCACCGGCAAGGGCGGUAAGCUGAUGCAGGUCAUCCGCUCCUUUCAGGCCACACGCAGUGCGCACCGUGUCACUUUUACAACACUGGACAACACUGUCGCGUUCCAGGACUUGGCCACCGGGGAGGUGGUCUCGAGCACGUACCGCGCCAGCGAUGUCGACCGUGUCGUGCCGGAAAUGCUCGGCGUGUCUCCCGCUGUGCUGGAGCACGUCAUUUUUUGUCACCAGGAAGAGUGCAACUGGCCACUGGGUCCACCGAAGGAUGUGAAGCGCAUCUUCGACGACAUCUUCGCUGCGACUCGGUACGUCCUGGCACUGGACCGGCUGCGCGACAACAGCAAGGAGUUUCGCCGCCAACUGAAAGAGCACGAGGCGAGCCUGAUGGCGCUACGGGAGCACCGCGAGCAGGCAAAGCAGCUGGAGCAGCAAAUAGCGCAGAAGGAAAGCGUUGUGAAAGCCAUUCAGGACCGCAGCAUCGGCAUCGAGCCAGAGCUACGGGGCCUGCGCCAGGCGCGCGAGGCGCUGCGUACGGUGGAGGAGCAGAUCGAGACAUUGCAGCGUGAGGUGGCGGUCACGAACGGGCGUCUCGAAGAACGUCGCGAGGCAGUGCGCCGGAUGGGUGUACCAGCCACGAGCCAGACGCUAGAGGAUCUGCUCGAGAUGCGCGGCAGCUUCACCGCGCAGAUGCAGCAGCUGGAAGAGGGUCUCGUGCACGACACAAAGCGCCACGAUACGGCCGCGGCGCGGCGACGCGCUCAAGAGGAGGAGAUGUACAAGUGCCGAUCAAACGUGCAGCUGCUGGAGCGUGAGGCGCAGCUGCACAAGCAAAACGUGGCGCGGCUUCGUGAGCUUAUCCAGCACCUGUCUAACGAGUACGUUCUGAGUGAGGGCAACAUUGACGAGCGCAGUCUGCAGCGUCUGCUCCAAAAGGCGGAGGAGGCCGUGGCGGUGGAGCGUCGGCGUGCUCGCACUACCUCAGAGGGUAUUCAGCAGCGCAUUCGAGACGCGGAGGACGGCGUGCAGGGCAGUUCCCGCGCUGUGGAUGGGUGCAACAAGGAGAUAGAGAUGCGCGAGCACGCCGUGGAGAAUGUGCGACGCCGCAUGAAGGAGAACGCCGCUGCCAUCGCGGCCCUUGGUGGGGAUGGGUGCCGUGGGCAGCUGCGCCAGGUGCAGGUGGAGGUGGAGGAGCUGCAGCAGCGUGUCGCUGCCACCGAAGAGUUGCGGAAGAAAGGUAGUGGGGGACACCAAAGCCAGCGCAUUAUCAUGGAGCUAGAGGAGCAGAAUAGCACCGUGGCUGAACUGCGCGAGGAGAUGAUGCAGCAGAAGCUGCUGGAGCGCCAGCAGCAGGAUCUAGUGCUGCUGCGCCAGCAGAUCGAUGAAUCCAGUGCGGCCGUGGCGGCGGCGCUGCAGCGAGACGUGCUCCCGAUUUUGCACGAAGUCGGCGUACAAGUUCCGCAGGAGGCGGCUGCUGACUCCUUGUCAUUGACAACCCUAACGUCUUUGCGCUCCCAAGCCGCCCAGGUACGGCAGCUGAAGGCGGAGGAGUUGAGUGCUCUCCAGACACGCGCGCUAGAGCUGGAGAAGGCGUGCGCCUUGCAGGAGCAGAAGAUGUCCUACAGCGCCGAUGAGCUGGCCCAGUGUCGCCGCGCUGUGGAUGCCGGCACGAGGCAGUGCGCCGGUCUCUUCCCGGACAUGGACGCCUACGAAGGGGUGCUGCUGCAGGCUAGGGAGGCGGCGGAGACGGCGGUGCAGAAACGCCACGCCCUGGAGGCCCUCGCGUCGUGCUACCACGAUUUCAUGGUCGUCGCGAAGGAGGAGAAGACGUGUGCCGUCUGCGAGCGUCCUUUUGACAGCGACGACUCGCUGGAGAGCUUUCUGACGCGCAAAGCCGACAGGCAGCGUACCAGCCCAGAGGCACUAGCGGCUGUGCAGGCGACCGUCACCGCAGCCCAGGAGGCGUAUCAGAGUCUUGAAAAGCUGCAGAGCGUCGUGGUGACUGUGCGGCAGAACAGGCAUCGUAUUCCGGUUCUAGAGGUCGAACUCAACGCGCUGGAGGACAAGAUGAAGCAGAGCUGCGCAGAGCAGCGCGAGGUCUGCGCGACCCGCGAUGCUGCCCAGCAUGUGGUGCAUCAGCUGGACACGAUGUACCAGCAUCUGUGCAUGGUGUGUACAAUGGGAGAGAAGACGGUAGCACUGCGCGACACGCUGGCGAGGAAGGAGAAAGACUUUGAGGCGGCGCAGGCAGAGCAGCAACAACAAGAGACACAGCGAAAGGGGGGCAGCGGCGAUGGUGCCACAGCGAGAGCUGAGCCACCACAGCGCUCUUAUGAGGAGCUUUGUGAGGCCUACGCGGCUGCAACGGAGCGACUGCACAAGCUCAACAGGCAGUUCACUGAGGCCCAGCGGAUGGAGCGCGGCCAGGAUGAGAAUGCGGCCGAACGAGAGCUGCAGGAGCGCAAGGCAGCGAUGCUCCAGGCCGAGGUCGCGGUGGCAAAGCUGGAGGACUUGGAGGCGGCUGUUCGUGAACUGCAGGAGGAGGCUGCUCAGCACCGCACGCGGGUGGAAGAACUGAAGCGCCAGGCAGCAGAGGCGCAGCGCUCCGUGGAGGCCCAUCAGCAGCGCGUCCUGCAACUCCGGGCCGAGUUUCAGAAGACGGAGGCGGCCGAGCGCGGCGCCUUGGACACAGCGGAGACGCAGCUUCGCGAGCUGCAGCUGUCGCUGCCUCCGGUCCUCCGCUACGUGCAGAACGGCUGCGCCCGACAGCUGGAGGAGCUACGGGUGCACCUGCACGAGACGGAGAGCGCGUACAAAGCCGCGGCUCAAGAGGAGGAGGGGCUUGCCAGUCGGAUGAAGGAAGCGCGGGAGACGCUCAGCGACCAGCACCGCCGCUCCGCGGACAUGGACCGCCACAUCGACGUCCUGCAGCAGGAGGCGUCCAUCGCGGCCGACGAGGCUCACUUGGCGGAGACGGAGCGCACCCUCGCCUCCCUGAAGUCGGACCGGCUUCAGGAGGUGGAGCAGCUGUUGGGUAAGGAGGCUAGACAGGCGAGCCUGGCCACACUGCGCGAGAUGAUCACCGCCAAGAUUACGUCGCUGGAGAAGAUACGUGCGCAGCAGGAUGGUAACACAGAGGCGAUGCUGCUCGAUGUAAAUCAACUGAAGCAGCAGCUGCGUGGCGACAAGUACCAGAACAUCGAGAAGCGCUACCGGUCCACGUUCCUGAAGGUGCAAACGACGGAGAUAUCCAUCCAGGACAUCGAGAAGUACUACAGUGCGCUGGAGAAGGCGGUGCAGUCGUACCACCAGGAGAAGAUUGCACAGAUCAACCAAAUCAUCGCAGAGCUGUGGCGCCAGACGUACCGCGGCAGCGACGUCGAUACGGUGGAGAUUCGCUCAGAGACGGAGGGCACGACGACGACUGCGGCGCGGCGCAGCUACAACUACCGCGUUGUCAUGAAGCGGGGCAACAACGAGAUGGACAUGCGUGGUCGCUGCAGUGCUGGACAGAAGGUGCUCGCCUCUAUCAUCAUUCGGCUCGCGCUGAGCGAAGCCUUCUGCUGCGACUGCGGCAUCCUCGCCCUUGAUGAGCCGACAACAAACCUUGAUGACGACAACGCUCGCAGUCUGGCGGACGCGCUGCGCACCCUCAUCCAGGCGCGGAGGGCGGUGAAGCACUUUCAACUCGUCGUUAUCACGCACGACGAGCAGUUUGUGCGUGCGCUAGGAGGGCAGUCGCUGGAGAAGUUCUACUACGUCCUUAAGGAUCGAGAGGGCGCAUUCUCGGUGAUUGAUGAACGCACCUUUGACCAGCUUUUUGCGUGA